AUCGUCAGGCUAGGUAAAUUGCUUAAACCGAAGCAAUACUGUUCACGCUUCAGAAAGUAUUUCUGAAUUAUCAUCCUGCACGCAAGAGGGCGCUAAGUUUGUGGCUUCGACUAAACCUUCCGAAAGUGUCCGUCUGUGAAGCAGGCUUCACAAUUCCUCUAAAGAAGAACAGUAAAACAUUACGCUCAGUCAUUAAACUCAUAGACAUAUAUAUGUCUAUGAUUAAACUACCAGGGACCCGUAAACUGUGUCAAAUCAGACAACUGUUGUUGACUGUGACUUGCGCUAAGCUAGUUACAAAAGGAAAGCUGUGUUCAGCUGUGUAUAAAGCUUUAUUUUUACAUCAUAGGGGAAGUUGACGGGACUCGGUAUAUGGUGCGCGUGCAGUGUUUUUAAUUAGUAUUUCAAAUAAUUAGGCUACAAAAUAAUGCAAAAACUGGAAGACGACGACGCUUGGAGCGCUUGCCUUCACAACACACCGAUUGCGCAAGGCUACGGAGAGGAGUUGACACGGAGAAGAGACAAGACAAAGAGGCAAGUUAUGUGACCGUCCUCUGUUGAAACCAAAAACCCUGUGUGUAACCACAGCUCGGAGCCUCACUUGCAAGCUGAUGGAUGAGUUUGGUCAGCAUAUGGACAUGAAUCACAAACAAGCCUGCAUCAACCUGGAGAAGGCCACUCAAUACAUCACACAAGCACUGCAGCAUGAAGUAGGUAGGAACCAGGAGCUCUAUGUGUUGAUUCGUCGUCUGGAGGAGAGGGGGGCAGAGACUGGGCGGAGUCUGACAGAGCAGGCGGAGUCAAACCGACAGCUGAAGCUGAAGAUUGAUGAACUACGGAAACACUUGGAGGAAAAAGCCAACUCACUCACACAAGCCAACCAGACUGUGGCUUUCCUGAAGAAUGAACUGAUGGACCUGCAUCAACAGUUCCAGACCCAACAGAGUAAACUUGGGACGUUUCAGGAAGUGAAUGAGUGGCUGCAGGGUGGGGAGAGCCAGCUCAAGGUUGAGAAUUCGCUGGUAUCAUCUGAUGCUCAGAGGCUGCUGGAGGAUCCAGUCUCUGGGAUAAAAGAAGAAGAAGAGGAGGAAGAAGAAGAAGAUGCUGCUACUGCUGCUGCUGCUGAUGUAUAUGGAGAGUACUGUCAGUCUGUAGAGAGAACGGACCCCAGAGAGGAACACAGAGAGGAACACACCACCUCUUCAGCUGCAGACAUUAAAACUGAACUGAUCCAGGAAGAAGAAGCAAAAUCAAAGAUGGCUCCUGUCCUCAGCUCUGAAAUGGACCUGUCCCCUAUACACCCCGUGUCUCUGGCCCAGUUAGGGGGCGUUUCAGUGGUGCUGGUGAACUUCUCUAGCACACAGGGACAGGAAGAGAUGGAUGAGGAGAACAAAGGAGAUGGAGAACAGCCUGAGUCCCGCAAAGGGUCAUCUUCCAUAUUCUCCACUCCCCCCUCUGGCUCCCCGGCAGUCAGCAGUGUCCAGCAGGAUUCCACCUCCUCCAUCUCACACGUGGAGAUGGAGGACAAUUCCAGGAGAUUCCCCUGUUCUGUGUGUGGGAAAAGCUUCCACUUCGGAUCCCAUUUAAAGUCGCAUCAGCGCAUUCACACUGGAGAAAGGCCCUACUCCUGCUCCCAGUGCGGCAAGAGUUUUAGCCAGAAAGUCUGUCUGAAAGUCCACCAGGUCACUCACACAGGAGAGAGGCCAUUCCCGUGCACUCAGUGUGGCAAGAGUUUCACAAGACGAUCGACCCUUCAAGAACAUCAGCGCAUUCACACUGGGGAGAGGCCGUACUCCUGCUCCCAAUGUGGCAAAUGUUUCACCCACAAAAUCAAUUUGACAGGCCACCAGAUCACUCACACAAGAGAGAGGCCACACCCUUGCCCCCAGUGUGGCAAGAGUUUCACAAGACGAUCGACCCUCCAAGAGCAUCAGCGCAUUCACACUGGGGAGAGGCCUCAUCACUGCACCACAUGUGGCAAGAGCUUCACUGCCUACGGAAAUCUCAUAAAACACCAGAACACUCAUACAGGACAGAGGCCAUACUCCUGUCCCCAGUGUGGCAAGAGUUUCACAAGACGAUCACAUCUUCGAGACCAUCAGCGCAUUCACUCGGGGGAGUAGUUGAACCAACGCACUCAGGAAAAUAAAAAAUAUAUACUCUGAAGGCACAACCCUGACUGGGAAUGUGAGCGGGUUAGAGACAGAACUGGCAGCCUCCCCUUAUUUAUGCUUCAAAAGCCAAUAGUGCACUUGAGUGCCCAUCCACUGACAAUCAGCACCAGGAUGAUUUCAAAAAGAUCCAUGGCUGUGGCCUUGCAACAUGCAUGACAUGCCAUGUUAAAACUGUUUUGUUGAAAUGCUGGAUUCGGGUCACUCUGAGGUGUGUGUUCAGCCUCCUGUGUGUGUGUGUGUGUGUGUGUGUGUGUGUGUGUUUGUUUGAGUGUAAGUUUGUGUUUUUUUUUUUUCUUCUACAUCUUAACAGAGUUGUUCAGUGGGGCAUUACUGGCAUUUGACAAACUUGACCAAAAUGUCAAAUACUGUUGGAUUUUAAUGAAUUCCUUAAAAUUAACUUAGAAUUCACAUGUCCUCUUACUAGAAAAUAACAGUGAAAGAGGCCACUCGUGCACGUAUGACCCCACCAUACAUCAUUGGUUACAGCAGGCUGACAGCAGGCUGAGCUUUAGGUCAUUGACACUAGACUAAAAAAGGUACAUUAUCAAGAGUUUUUUUUUAAAGAGUUUUGUGGGUGUGCUUACAAAUAUAUCAGCCUAUGGGGCUGGUCUAGGUUUGGGGGUGGGGUGGUGGAAUAGUGUAUUGUUUCAUAGGGCCCCACAUUUCUAGCAGGACCCCUGGCCGCAGGAUAAGAAAUAAACUGGGGUAAGUUAGAGAAGGGAUAAGACACUUGGCAGAUUUGCCACACGCCUCCCAAACUUCGCCAUUUAUUCAUUUUAAACUAUCUGUAAUUUUACUUUCUAUUUACUUGUGACUCAUUUGAAUGUGCAGAAAAGUCUGCCGUGCUGCAUUUAAGGUUUUGGGGAAUAGACAAAUAUAGCAGUGUUGUCCUUGACAUUGUGCCAUAAUAUUUACCGACCUGACCAUACUGUUUAUGUUCUUUGCUAUCGUUUCCAUAUAUCCUGUUGUUGAAGAUGGUGCAGUAGGUUAUCGAAUGCAUCGUAUUGUAUGCAGUAUGGAAGCAUAGUUGGGAAAGCAAAAUCACAGUCUGCGUAACUGCAUGUUGAAGAGUCCGUUCCUUUCUCUCAUAACUUUCAGUAAUUGAACAAGACACGUAAAGAUGGUGUGAAAAGGUGAAGUCCCUCCCCCUUCUCACUGUGGUCCAUGAGGGAGGAAGGCCUGGACUCCCCUACCUAAAUGGUUUGGGUCUGGAUUCCCCCACCCCUGUGUGUUUAAUUGGACCAAGGUGGCCUUACUUAAGGUGCACCUCAUUGUUGUAUGAGGGAGAAGGACAGACUGAACAUGCUGGAUGGAGCUUGGACAAGGUA